UAUAAAAAUAAGACUAUAUAAUUCUCUUCUUAGUUCUAACUUGUUAACACUCUCAUCUCUUCUUCAAUUCUUACAAUCUUACUACCUCGGUUUCUCCGCGAAACGCAGAGAGAAACCGAGGAUUAUAUUUAUACAACGUUAUGGAUUUUAGUAUUCGCCUUGUUAGUUAUGUUAUGUCGGUGAUUUUAGUUUUUUUAACUGUCAUUGCAUCGGGUACCACUCUCCGACGUGGUGUGAACCCACAUUGGCACUCAGCUUCGGCUACUUGGUAUGGUAGUCCCAAUGGAGAUGGUAGUGACGGUGGAGCAUGUGGGUACGGGACAAUGGUGGAUGUGAAGCCGUUCAGGGCUCGAGUUGGGGCCGUGAGUUCAGCCUUAUUUAAAAAAGGCGAAGGUUGUGGUGCUUGCUAUAAAGUAAAAUGCUUAGAUAAAACCAUUUGCUCGAAACGAGCUGUGACAAUUAUCGUUACCGAUGAAUCGCCGGCCCUAACUAAAGGUCUAGUCCACUUCGACCUUAGUGGGUCCGCAUUCGGACGUAUGGCUGUUUCGGGUCGUAACACUAACUUACGCAAUCGUGGUAAAAUCUCCAUUAUUUACCGCAAGACUCCUUGUAAAUAUCCUGGACAAAACAUUGCAUUUCAUGUAAAUGUUGGCUCAACAGCUUAUUGGCUUUCUCUUUUGGUGGAAUUUGAGGAUGGAGAUGGUGAUAUUGGAUCCAUGCAAAUAAAAGAGGCAAGGUCUAAUCAAUGGUUAACGAUGACACACCUAUGGGGUGCGAAUUGGUGCAUUAUUGGUGGACCAUUACAAGGACCAUUUUCAAUUAAGCUAACCACACUAACCAAAAAGCGAACCCUCUCAGCUAGAGAUGUUAUUCCAAGUAAAUGGACUCCUAAAGCCACUUAUACGUCUCGACUUAACUUUUUAAAGUAACUUUUCUUUUUGUACUUCUAUAACAAUAUAUCAUAGACGAAUAUAUAGUUAAAGACUUGUAGAUUCACUAAAUAAAUACAAAUAAUGGGUCAUGAGAGAAAUUUCAAAUCUUGAAUCUGUCUCGGUGUGGACAGAUUUAGAAGAACUAAAACAAUAAAACCCUACAUAAACAUGUUGGUUGGUUUUUUUUUAAAAAAGGGAAAAUCAGCCUUUGGAUUAGUAUAAUAAGUUUCCUAGGCUAAUUUCUUUUCCUUUUUUUUUCUCUUUAUUAUUUUGAUGUAAUUGUUUUUUUUUUCUUCCUAUUAUUUUGUAAAAUGUAAAAUGCUUAUAUGUUGUUAAUAGUAGUAGCCCUCUCCAAAGGAGAGUGAGCCCUUUGUGUGUAAAAGUGAUUUACAUUUUAUGUUUU